AUGGCGCAUCAGCUUCGGCGAUCCGAGCGGCUGCUGGCCGUCCGAUCCGCCGCUCGCAUCUUUCUCCAAAUCCCGUUGCCUCCCAGCAUCACCCCCGCGUCGCCCGCCGUUCCAACCCAUCUUCCCCACGCCCUUCGCCCGAUCGUAGGCGACCUUUGCCACGUGGAAGGUAGCGGGCAGGCCAGAUUGAUCCAAUCCCGUCCCGUCCAAUGGGGCGUCGACAGGUGUCGCCCUAUUCCGACACCCCCCUCCGCCGCGUUUGCGCCAUUCCGCCGUUUGAUCCCUGAUCCGCGUGCGCCUGCGGGUAGCAAGCGCAGUUUUUCCGCCGCCACAUCUCCCCCGAUCCCGCCGAACUCCGCUCCGAGCGUUGGCGGAAGCAUUGGCGGAAGUACUGGCGGAGCGGGCGGGCGGAAGGGUGGGCGGGGAUUGGUGGGCGUGAUCACGGCUGCCGCCAUAGCGGGAGCGGCGGGGGGCGCGUAUUAUUGGUGGGAGACAGAAGCAGCGAGAUUCGGACCCGGUCCCGUUAUAAUCACACCCGAUACGAAAGUUGGCUCGGAAGAAGAAGUUAGUAUAUCGAGUCCCGCGGCAGACUUGGGGACUGGGGGAGGGAGGGCUGGAGACACCAUAACGGAGCAGAGGGGCAUAGAGGAGGGGAAGGAGGGGGAAGGAAAUGAGGGGAAGGAUGGGGGAGGAGAGGAGGGGAAGGAUGGGGGAGUAGAAAUUGAAAGGGAGGAGAGAGAAGCGGAGGGGAAGGAGGAAGCGGGAGGCGGAAGGAGGGAGGGAGAGGAGGGUGCGAGAGAAGGGGGAAGUGUGAAGGGGUCAGAAGGUUCAGUAAAGGGGGAGAUUGGGGUGGAGGGGGAAGAUAAGGAGGAGUUAAAGCGAAGGAAAAAGGAGGAGAAGAGGAGGGAGAAGGAAUUGAAGAAGAAGGAAAAGGAGGAGAGGAAGGCGAAGGAGGUGAAGGAGGGAGAGGAGGAUGAGAAUGGAGGAGAGGGAGGUAAGGAUGAUGGUGGGGAUGAGGAAAAGAAGAGGAGGAAGGAGGAGAAAAAGCGCCUUAAGAAGCUGAAAAAGGAGGAGGAAGAGAAAAAGAAAGGAGAAGCAGAGGAAAAGGGGAAGGGGAAGGAGGGGGAGGAGGAAGGAGAAAUGUCGAAGGAGGAAAAGAAGCGACUGAAGAAGUUAAAGAAAGAGGAGGAGAAGGAAGAGAAGAAGAAGAAGAAGGAAGGAAGAAAAAAGAGGGAAGGGGAGGAGAAGGGGAAGGAGGAAGAGGAGGGGGAGACGGAAGGAGAGAAGGGGAAGGCAUGGGACGAAAGCGAAGAUCACAGCAAGGUGGAGGGAGCAGCUGACGUGGCCGCUGACGUGGCAGCUGAUGUGGCAGUUGGUGUGGCAGCUGAGGUGGUGAGGAUCGAGUCAGCAGCCAGGAAUGCGGAGGCGGAGAGGGGAAGGAGGGAGAGGGAGCGACAGCUGGCAGCGAUGCAGAGUGUCCACGUGGCAGAACAGGAUUCGCUGGCAGCGGCGGUGCGAGAGAAGGAGAGGGAGGGGGAGGUGGAGCGGGAACGGAUUGAGCAGCAGAGGGAGGAGAUGGGGAGGGAGUUGGAGGAAUGGGAGGAGGGGGAGGCGAGGAGACAGCAAGAGGAAGAAGAGGAGAUGGCCAUAUCCACCCUGCAAGCAGUGCUGCAGCAGCAGCUGGCGGCAGCGGCAGAGGCAGAGGCAGAGGCAAAGGAAGCAGCAGAGGCACAUGGGGAGCAGACCGCGAUGCUGAAAGAAGAGAUCUCUGCUCUGAAAGACGUCUUCUUCCAUCGCUCGCAGGAGGACCGGCUGUCCUGGCAUGCGCACAGAGUGGCUCUGAGGGAUGUUUUCUUCCAGCAAUCUCAGGAGGACAGGUUGUCAUGGCAUGCGCACCGAGUGGCUCUGGUGAGAUGCAGUGCGGUGCAAUGUGGUGAGAUGGUCCUUGCAUUCAAUCCUCUCCACUCUCCUCUCUCCUCUCCACUCUCCUCUCCACUCUCCUCUCUCCUCUCCACUCUCCUCUCUCCUCUCCACUCUCCUCUCUCCUCUCCACUCUCCUCUCUCCUCUCCACUCUCCUCUCUCCUCUCCACUCUCCUCUCUCCUCUCCACUCUCCUCUCUCCCCUCCACUCUCCUCUCUCCUCUCCACUCUCCUCUCUCCUCUCCACUCUCCUCUCUCCUCUCCACUCUCCUCUCUCCUCUCCACUCUCCUCUCUCCUCUCCACUCUCCUCUCUCCUCUCCACUCUCCUCUCUCCUCUCCACUCUCCUCUCUCCUCUCCACUCUCCUCUCUCCUCUCCUCUCUCCUCUCCCCUACCUCCACCCCUCUCACUUCCAUUGCCUUCCCUCGUGUACCUUCCCUCGUGUACCUUCCCUCCUCCUUCCCGCUCUCUUCCCAUCCCUCCACCCCUCCAUCCCUCACUCCCCCUCACCCCUUUCAGGCGGCCAUGCGGCCAUAUCGCUCCAAGAAGCAGCAGACAGCAACCAGCCGCUGCAACCAAUCCUCUCCUCCCUCCACUGCCACUAACUUUUCCAUUCCCAUUGUCUCUCCUCAUGUGUAUGAUUCUUCUUCCCCCUAUCCAGGCAGCCAUGAUCCUCUCGUCUCAUCCCUCCUGCCACGUGGCGACGACCCAUUGGUCGCUGCGAUCGCAGCCACCCUGCCCAAAUCCGCGCUGUCCAAUGGCGUGCUGACACGUCAGCAGCUGCAGGAAAGGCUGGAGGGGAUGAGGGCGAGGGUGUGCCAGCUGGCGAUGCUGCCGCCGGCCAAUGGGGGGGAGAGGGAGGGCGUGGGAGGGGGAACAGGAGGAGGAAGAGGAGGGGGAAGAGGGGGAGAGUUGGUUGAGCCAGGUCUGCUCUCACAAGCAGUGGCAGCGGUUGCAGUUGCUUUAAAGUUUCCAGUACCAACCACAGCAGGGGAAGCACCGAGCCCUGAGCAAGCCGUUGCCGAAGCGGCAGCUCUGCUGGUGGAGGGGCGAUUGGAGGAAGCAGCAGGGGCGAUGGAGAGAGGGGUAAAGGGGACACGGGCGGAGGGAGUGGUGGGGAAGUGGGGGGAGGAGGUGAGGGGGAGGGCGGCAGUGGAGCAGGCGGUUAGGGUGAUGCAGGCGCAUGCAGGGUGCAUGGCGGCAGAGCUGCGAAGGUGA